AUGGCCUGACUGCUCGCCAUCAAUCAUUCAAUCAAUCAGCCCAUUCGUUCCCCCGAUCGUGACAAUCAAUUCCACCAUCGUCACCGUCUGCUCCGUCCGCCCGAGAACCACCCAGGGAGACUCGUCCCGGAAGCCUCUCAAGUGCCGAGCCUCACAGGCCCCCCCGACGACGACGACGACGACGACGAUUCGAUCCAAUUCCGCACCGCGCGACGCACGCCCGUCGUCAUCUCCCCCCGCCACUCCUCGUCGUCGCCGCCACCGCCGCCGCUGCUGCUGCUGCCCCGGGCGCUGAUGAUGCUGCAGGCGGCCACGGCUUGACCGGUCUGUUUCGUCACCAUCCCAAUCCGUUGGGUUGCUGCCGGUCUCGAAGCACCACCACCCCUUCCACCACUACCACCACCGCCGCCACGCCAGCACACCAGCUGCCCCUGCUGCUGCUGUUGCUGCUGCUCCUCUUCUUCCUCCACCCGACACACUCCCCCCGCGCCUCGUCACGCGACCCUCUUGACUGUCGCAGCCGCCGCCCGCCCGCCGCCUCCUACCUGCCACUUAUCGCCCGCCCACCUCGCACGCGCCCAUCUGCCGGCCCGGCUCGACAACCGCGCCGCGCCGCAUACCGCACCCCUUCCCGCCGCGUGUGACUGACGGCCCGCCGUCCCCUCUUCCUGUCCUGCAGGGGAAACAUCAACCAACCCCCCCCCCUUCUCCCCCGAGAACAAGAGGAUUGGAGCAAGGGCCCGGCCUGGCCAUGGGCAACAACCACUCAUCGGCCUCCAAGGAGGCGACGUCGUCCUCGGCUGCCGCUGCCGCUGCCGCGCAGGCCGCCUCGGACGGCAACAAGGCCUCGACGACCACCACCACCACAUCGGCGUCCACGCCCACGUCGGCCGCGACGUCGCCCACCCAGCCUCAACAUCACCAUCACCACUUCGCCAGCAUCCACCGCCAUCACCAGGACGUCGUCCCCGGCCGCAAGGACGCCCGCAACAUCAUCCCCGAGCACACCACCCACCGCUCCGUUGCGCCCCCGGAGGCGUCCCUCGCACUGGCCCAAGGCUCGACCACCGUCGUCAACCGGCCCAAGAGCAGCCUGCCUGGCACCGCCGUCUCCUCCCUCAGCGGCUCCCCGCACAGCAACGUCUCCGCGACGCCCAACAAGCCCUCGUGUUCCUCGUCCGCCGCCGACCGGCACCCGCCGCCCCGCGACGAACCCUCCAAGCCCGUCGACGUCCCCCUCGAGUCGACGUCGCUGCGGUCCGCGCACCACGACCCCCACCACCGCCCCUCCCACGUGCCCCUCCCCGUCGACUCCAACCUCAUCUCCAAUAGCAGCAUGACGGACAUGUAUCUGAGGGGGCCCCCGCGCCUGCCCCUCCCCAUUGAUGAAGAGGUUCACACGCCUGGGUCGCCCAUACUCGCUCCCGAAGAAGGACUCGACGACGUCGAGUUGGGCAGCUCCUCGGACGCCCUGACGAGAAAGAGCUCCGCCGUGAGCGCCAAUACGGUUGACGACGAUGAGUCGGAGGAGCUGCGUGUUGACAAGACGCGGCCCGUUGUGCCGACCAAGCUCGAGUGGAAGCGCGGGGGCGACAAGAUUUAUGUGACAGGCACCUUUUUCGAAUGGAACCGCAAGCAGAGGCUGCACCCUGUAGAGGGCAAGCCAGGAUGCUUCGCCGCCACCAUCCUCAUCCUUCCGGGGACGCACCAUGUCCGCUUCCUCGUCGACGGGAUCAUGCAGACGUCGCCGGACCUGCCGACGACUGUCGACUUCGGCAACAACCUCGUCAACUACAUCGAGGUCAGCCCCGAGGAUGCGCUCCCAGCGCAGAGGAGCGCCUCCAAGUCAGGCAGCGAGACGGAGGGCGCGUCGCGGACUAGGCCGCCCAAGGGCAAGCCCGUCGAGCCGCCCGAGAACUACCGCCGCGACAUACCGCAGUACCUGCGGGACUUUGACCAGCCCGAGGACUCGGGCGCGUACAGGAACGCCGUUUCGGCCAUCGAGAAGCUCCCAACGCCGCCCAGCCUGCCGGGGUUCCUGGGCAAGCCAAUCCUCAACGCGGCGACGCUAAUGAAGGACGACAACAGCGUGCUCAACAUGCCCAACCACACGGUGCUCAACCACCUGGCCACGAGCAGCAUCAAGAACAACGUCUUGGCUGUGUCCGCGACGACGAGAUACCACAACAAGUAUGUCACGACCAUUAUGUACAAGCCGACUUCGGCGGAUGAGGGCUGAGCGGAGAGGCUUGGAGCAUCGUAAUCUUCAUGUAUCAUCUUCUUUGGAACAACGGCUUUUGGCUCGUGUGGGCACGUUUGCUGAUGCAUCGAGGUUGUUGUUGUCUGCAUGUCGUAUGUAAGGGAUGGAGAGGCGCGGCCAGGUAGCGGCUCUCUGUAUGUAGCUACGCGAAGAUAGAAUGGCGAUGCUCCAGAUGGGACAAGGUUGAAAACAAGGACUUGAACCCAGUGCUUGAUGCAGGAUGGGCCUUUAUGACAUACACAG